AUUCACUCUUCAGUUCCAUCAAGAAACUUAAAACUGCGACACAUAAAGAAAAUUCUUUAAUUUCCAAAAGAAAACACUCCCAAAGGUUUCCACUGCUUUGAUUCCUUUCCUACCAUCUUGAUUCUCGACGAAGUGUAUCAAGUUAUUCAAAAUGGAUGUCUACAUAUCGGAAGAGUACGUCCACCGCCGGAGAAUGGAGAAAAAAGCUGCCGCCGUUGCCGGCAAAAAUCUGAGGCUAGGCUUUUGUACUAGUAAAAUACAGGAAAAGAGAAAAAACAAUCCUCGGAUGUCGGAAUCUCGGCCGGAGAAUGAGUUCAUGGUAGCCGGCGGUGGUGUUUAUGAGAGUUUUGUCUUCCAAUGCUUCUCCCCGUAACUAAUAACCAAAAAAGCGUUAGCGUUUAAUGAUCCAAACGCAGCCGCAGUGGCAUGUAUGUGCAUGAGCGGUUAUUAGUUGUAGCUCUUGUAUUGUACCUCUUGAUUUACUUUUUUUUGGGCAAAGAUACCUCUUGGUUUACUAUAGUGUGUUUUCUCUUCCUAAUUAACAAUGUGUUGUUACUCAUAAACUACUAAUAUUUGGCAAACGUGAAAUAUGAAUCACAAAUUACAUUGUUUA